AAGUACCACAUACCAGUCUGUGAUUUACGGUCUGUAAAUUCCAUGCGCAUUGGUAGAAAUGUAACAUACAACGCGAUUUUUAUAAAAGUGAUGAAAAACAGAAGUAUCUUCCCAAUUUUAACAAAAUAUAUAUAAGUUUACACUUCUAUUGUGUGCAUAUAAUUAUUAAUUUGAAUUUAGGUAAAAACAACACUUAAUAAUGUAGUAGGUCUCAUUGUCAGCGGAAAUUGAAAACGAUUAAAACUAUCGAUCCUGCCUCUUUUAUAAGACUUUGAGAAAAAAAGAAUAAGCUAAAUAUUACCCGAUCCAUGUACUAACACUGUUUAUAACAUUCUAGAAAGCGUAUCUAUAUCCACACUUAUUCCGUAAUAUAUGCAUAGUUAACCCUCUGACUUACAAUUUCUGCACGUUAUCACACAAAUAUUUACUAUCUACGAACGUUAUGCAAAACGUGUUAUUAUCACACCUUGAACCGUUAGGUAUCUGUGACAAAGAAAUUCCUUUCGUUGCUCGCUCGAAAAUCAUAUCAGGAGUAAAUAGGAGGUUGUUAUCAAAUGUUUGCCGUUUCCACCAUAUUUAUGCAAUUAUGCGUGUAAAGUAUAAUCACAUAUCGUGCACCUGCCUAGCAAGAAUGAACAGAUUAGCGCCUAUGACAUUACUUUCUAAUUUGCAUUCUAAGAAAUAAUCGCAUCUGAUUUCGAAUCGAUUAUAAACCAUAAGUCGGUAAUGAAGAACGGUGGGAUAAAACAUUAUAGUCCGUUAAAUUUCAGUUUAAAAAGUGAUGCCAAGCAUUUCAAACUUUCUUUCAGCUAAGUUCUAUUCUGUAAAGGGUUUUUAAAGUUUAAUCUUGCAUGAGAAAUUUCCUUCAUUAUUUUGCGUGGUUGAACAAAUUUGGAAAUACAGUUGCUAUAAUAAAAAAAAAAUAGAUGUGUAAAUAUAAAAAAAAUAACGUAAUAAAUCUGAAAAUAUUAUAUAUUUAUAAUUUUGUAUUAAAGAUUAAUGAGAAUACGAAGAAAAAACUAUUUCUGAAGUGACCAAGCUUUCUGUUUGAUUCGUGCGCGUCUCCAGUGAAGCAGAGAAGUGAUUUCAGCGGGGCGAUGCACGAUAAGCAGUGCAAAUUUGUCAUGACGGUAGAACCGUGGUGAAAAAUUUACGCGUUAAAAUAUUAGCUUAGGGCUAAGAGUACGACGCCGUCCUUUUUUCGGCGCAAAAAUCUAUGUUUUUAAUGGAGGGGUUAGGUACGGUGUUGCAGGUCGUUUACCUAACAGCAAGUAAUAUGAGUAUAAAAGGACGGUCGAGUCGUGGCAGACGACUAUUUCGUUAAAAUACCUCACGAUGCAGCCGCGAACAUUCUGCUUUAUUGCCGUUUUCGUUGGUUACACCGUGUUUGUGUACUCCGCCCUCGGUACACCGGUCGCGGUCACAGAGGCAGCCACGUCGGAAGAACAAAAGAUUCUCCUUGAUUGUCAGCACUCGGAUUACAGAACCUACAUAAAAUGCCUGCGGAGGCAAAAGAGACAUCACCCCGUACAUGGGGAUUUCGAUCAUAAUUGUUUGGAGUCGUGCGUGAAGAAAUGCCAGACAGAACGCGUGGCAGAUUCAUGUGAAAAGAAAUGUGGUCACUGUUUGAAGAAAACAAAGCAUAAGCUUCAAAUAAUCACAGAAUACGAAAACGAGUGCGUUUCUGGAAAUUGCAACGAAACUAGUAAAAACAGCAAUCAUUCAGGAAAUACUAACUUCACCACAAAUAUCGAAAUCCAUAACGUUAUUGGCAAUGGAAGUGGAACGUGUUGUCCUACGUGUCGACCACCAGUUCCGUGUGGUUAUGAGCCCCCGUGCCCUCCACACAUAUGUCCUCCGUAUUGGAAUCCUCCUCGACCUUAUCCGCAGAUUACAGCACAGCCUUCUAUAGGAUUAGUCUUUCUACUAACGUUUGGAUGUCAAUAUACUAAUCAAUGGCCUUGCACCGAUCAAUAUAUAAGAAAUCCAAUAGGGCCAAUUGAUUGUUCAGGUUGUUUAUAUCCACAGAUUCAGACUAGAUGCGACGUGUCUUGUUAUAAUAUGGCGAUACACAAACAGUAUGGCGAUGGUGGCAUAAGUGGUACCCUCGGAUAAUAAGCAUAAAAACUUCAAUAGUAUGUUAUUACGGAGCUAUAACAGCUAUAAAAAUAGAAACAUAGAAACCAAAAUAUAAUACUUAUAAAUAUAUAAUGAAUAUAAAUAAAAUAUAAUUACAUUAAUUUAUGGUUUCUGUACUUUAAUUUAGACAUCACAAUAAAUAAAGAAUUUCUUUGUUAAAACUGUCUGAUUUAACUGAACCUAUGAAAGGAGAAUAUCCUCGGAUAUGUGCUAUACAUAAUAAAAUUAUGUGUUAAAUUACACUAUAGAAAAGAAUUUUAAUUCUUUAUAAGAAUUUAUUAAUAUUUCUAUAAAAUUGUGUUUAGAAAACAGUUGAUGUUAGCAGU